CCGUAUAAGAAAAAGGGCUCUAUUAAAGUAGUACUCCAUAUUCCUUCAACAUUAUAUUAUACUUUUUUGAUAUUUGAAGAGAGAAGAAAAAAAAAAUGGAGCUUAGUGAACAUGAUAUUUUGGAGGAAUUAUUAGCUCUUCCAAGAAAAGAAAGUUUGAAUGAUUUUUUGCCAAAUGGAAAUGGAUGGACUUUUGAAUCACCACUACCUUUUUAUCAAAACCCUGAAUUUAUUGCCUUAAAUUCUUCACUUUUGGGGCUAAUUUCACCCCCAAUUACUACUUCACACUCUAAUUUUCCUAAUUUUACUUCACCUGAAUCCUAUCAAUUUCUAGAUUCUUCUUUUACUGGUACACCAUUACUUGAUGACUACAGUGUUGUGGAAAAUCAUGAAGAAUUUGGUGGGAUUAAUCCUGGUGAUUUUCAUGGUUUGCAACAAGAGUUGAAUAGCUUUGGUGAUGUGAAAGUUGAAGAGUCAAAUUCAAGAUUAAUGGGUAAUGUGGGAGAAAAGAAGAGUAAAAUUAGGAAGAUGGAAGGACAGCCUUCAAAAAAUUUAAUGGCAGAAAGGAGGAGAAGAAAGAGACUCAAUGAUAGACUCUCUAUGCUUAGAUCUAUUGUUCCUAAGAUUAGUAAGAUGGACAGAACAUCUAUACUUGGAGACGCAAUUGAUUACAUGAAGGAGCUUUUAGAAAAAAUCCAUACAUUGCGUGAAGAUGAUAAUGUGAAAGACGAAAUUAAGGAUAUUAAAUUCGUAGGAAACUUCAAGGAGUUGAAGCCAAAUGAAGCACUUGUUAAAAAGCCUCCUAAGUUUGAGGUAGAAAGGAGAAAUGCAGACACCAGAAUCGAGAUCUGUUGCAGUGCAAAGCCAGGGUUGUUGUUAUCGACAGUGAGCACGUUAGAAGCUCUUGGGCUUGAUGUACAACAAUGUGUUAUCAGCUGUUUCAGUGACUUCUCAUUGCAAGCUUCUUGUUCUGAGGCAAGGGAGCAUCGAACAAUUUUGAGCGGUGAAGAUGUAAAGCAAACCUUGUUCAAAACAGCAGGCUUUGGAGGAAGAUGUCUUUAGGCAAAUGAUAUAGAGAUGCACAAUAAUCCCCAACCAAGGACAUUUUGUCUGUUGUUCAAAGAAUAUUGCAAGUUUUAAUAAUGUCAGUUUUCUUGAUUCAUUUAUUAGAGUAUUUAAAUGGAGUUAAUAUAAUCAUACCUCUGUCAAUUGUGUCAAAAUAAUGAUAUUCAGAGGGAAUGAAUUUACGAGUCCCUUUUUGGUUUUC